GGGACCAAAGCAAAGAGAGCUCUCUAGACAAAGCUGGCACAUAUUUUCUUAUGACAGAGAUGCUGAGAGGCAUGUAUGUCGUGUUGGAGCAAUUUUUUAGGCCGCCCUACACCAUCUACUAUCCAUUUGAGAAGGGGCCAAUUUCACCACGUUUCAGAGGCGAACAUGCGCUGCGAAGAUAUCCAACCGGUGAAGAGCGAUGCAUUGCCUGCAAGUUGUGUGAAGCAAUCUGCCCGGCGCAAGCUAUCACUAUCGAAGCCGAGGAGAGAGAGGAUGGCAGUAGACGAACAACCCGAUACGACAUUGACAUGACCAAGUGUAUCUACUGCGGAUACUGCCAGGAAAGUUGUCCAGUGGACGCUAUCGUUGAAUCACCAAACGCCGAAUACGCGACUGAGACUCGUGAAGAGCUUCUCUACAACAAGGAGAAAUUGCUGGCAAAUGGAGAUAAAUGGGAACCCGAAUUAGCUGCUGUAGCGAGAGCGGAUGCUCCAUAUAGA